AUGGAUUUUAAUCCUUUUCGGGACAAUUCAAAGUUUGUUGAUCUACUUAAUAGUCAGCAAAAUGUAGUGUUUGGUAAUGUACCAGAUUGUGUAGACAUACCUUCAUCGCAAGACACGCCUGCAAAAGGGAAAGAACGGAGGGCUUGGACGCCAACUGAUGACCUUGUGCUCAUAAGCUCGUGGUUGAACACGAGCAAAGACCCCUUAGUAGGGAAUGAGCAAAAGUCAGUUGCUUUAUGGACUAGGAUUGCAGCGUACUUCUCGGCUAGUCCAAAGCUGGCUGGCUGUGAGAAAAGAGAGGCAGCUCAGUGUAAGCAUCGUUGGCAGAAGAUCAAUGACUUAGUGUGCAAGUUUUGUGGAGCUUAUGAAGCUGCAACGAAGAAGAAAACUAGUGUAAAAAAUGAGAAUGAUGUUCUCAAACAAGCCCACAAGAUCUUCUUCAACAACCAUAACAAGAAGUUCACCCUUGAACAUGCUUGGAAGGAGCUUCGAAAUGAUCAGAAGUGGUGUGAUGUUGCGACGUCUAAAAAGGAUGGAAACUGUAAAAGGAGAAAGUGCGAGGACGGUUCACAUACGGGAAACUCUCAAGCUAUUGGAACCGAAAAACUGGUGAAGAGGAUAAAGCCACCAAACGUCCCAUGGGUGUGA